AUUGUGAUCAAUAAUCUCCAGAUUUCUUAGAUUUCCUGGAUUCCUUGGAUUUCUUCUUCAUCCUUUUUUACAUAUAUAUUUCCACAAUCAUAUAAGUCUUAGUUACUACAAUAUAACCAUAACCAAUCUUUGUUUUUAGUGAUCGAAAAUGUCUGUUGUCGAAAAGAAUAUUGUUAUUUUGCCUGGUGAUCAUGUUGGUACCGAAAUUGCUGACGAAGCGUUGAAAGUUCUUAAUGCCAUCAGUGAGGCCAAUCCACUAAUCAAAUUCAACUUCAAGCAUCAUUUGAUUGGCGGAGCAGCCAUCGAUGCCACAGGGGUGCCCUUGCCAGACAAAGCCUUGAAGGCUGCAAAGGAAUCAGAUGCGGUUUUACUUGGUGCUGUUGGAGGACCCAAAUGGGGGACAGGUGCAGUCAGACCUGAACAAGGGUUAUUGAAAAUCCGUAAAGAACUAAACUUGUAUGCCAAUUUGAGACCAUGUAACUUUGCUUCGGAGUCGUUAUUGGGAUUGUCUCCAUUAAGACCAGAAAUCGCUAAAAACACAGAUAUUUUAAUAGUGCGUGAGUUAGUUGGCGGGAUCUAUUUUGGUGAAAGAAAGGAAGAUGAUGGAUCUGGUUUUGCCAGUGAUACAGAGGCAUACUCAGUUCCAGAGGUUCAAAGAAUCACAAGAAUGGCCGCAUUUUUGGCAUUGCAACAAAACCCUCCAUUGCCAAUAUUUUCAUUGGAUAAGGCCAACGUUUUAGCGUCAUCAAGAUUAUGGAGAAAGACUGUCACCGAGACAAUUGCAAACGAAUUUCCAACAUUGAAAGUCGAGCACCAAUUGAUCGACUCUGCUGCAAUGAUCUUGAUCAAGUCGCCCACUAAAUUGAAUGGUAUUGUUAUCACCUCCAACAUGUUUGGUGAUAUUAUAUCAGAUGAGGCCUCAGUCAUUCCUGGGUCCUUGGGGUUGUUGCCCUCAGCUUCGUUAGCUUCGUUGCCCGACACAAACGAGGCAUUUGGAUUGUACGAGCCUUGCCAUGGUUCUGCUCCAGACUUGGAUAAAGGCAAGGUCAAUCCAGUGGCCAUGAUUCUCAGUGCCGCCAUGAUGUUGAGAUUGUCCUUGAACUUGGUCAAGGAAGCCAACGCUGUGGAAGCUGCUGUCAAACAGGUUCUCGACGCCGGAAUUAGAACCGGAGACUUGGGCGGGUCCAACUCCACCGCUGAGGUUGGAAAUGCCAUUGCUGCUGCUGUCAAGAGCAUUCUUGUAUAGACGCCUUUUCUUUGUGUAGCUGUUUAAAUCACGAAACCACGAAACCACGAAACCACUUUCCGAGCCGCUGGUGCUUUGCACCGAACACCAGCAGCCCCCGUG